AAAGUGAAAGUUCUUCAAAAAGUGGCGUUCUCCAUAUUUGCUUAGAUCUAGAGUAAUCAAAAUGUAUGAGGAAAAGGUUGCUACUAAUCCAAAAAAGUCAGCCGUUGAUGAGAGGGUUGAUAAGUUGGAAGCUACAAUGCAAACUAUGGCUGCUACUUUUCAGACCAUCAGUCUCGCUUUGUUCACUUUGACUACUGAUUUGAUUCCUCCACCUACAUCCUUAAUACCCACAAUACCAGUUCCACCUGUCCUUACCAUCACACCAACCUCAUACCCACCAUUUGAGAUGAACAACCCUACCUUGCUAACAACCUCACCUUUUACCCUUAACAUACCACCCUUGAUAGGACAAGUGCCAGCUAUUCAACCCAACCUCUCGAUUGCAAUGCUAAGGCUUGCUUUAGAAGAUGGGAAGUCAAGAGAGGUUGAUCACAAGCUGCAACAGUUAGAAGAAGCUUUGAAGGCUAUUUCAGGUUGUCCUUAUGCCCACUUGAAAAUGUAUGCCAAGAAGAUGGCUCCUUAUGCUAAUGAUGAGAGGGUGCUCAUUCAUUAUUUUCAAGACAGUCUCUCAGGCCCAGCAAGUGUUUGGUUUUCAACACUUGACAAGAAGAAGAUUCACACUUUCAAAGAUGUGUCUCAAGCUUUCAUGAAGCAAUAUGAGUAUAAUAUGAGUUUGGCCCUUACAAGAGAUAGCUUGCAGAAAAUUACCAAGAAGAGUAAUGAGACUUUCAAAGAAUUUGCUCAAAGGUGGAGAUCCGAAGCAGCCAAAGUCAUUCCACCUCUUACCGAUAGUGAAAUUUGCUCUCUUUUUAUCAAGUCAACUACCCGAACCUUCUAUGCGUGGCUAGCUCCUUGUGUCGGAUAUACUUUUGCUCAGCUAGUGACAAUGGGUGAACAAAUUGAGGAGGGACUAAAGGCAAGUCAUGGUACCGAAUAUUGUACAACUUUGAAACAUAAAAUUCAAGAUCUCAUCGAUGAAGGAAAACUCCAACUUGACGAAACCAAGAGUGCUCCAAGCAUCACUUGGAAUCCUUUACCUCCACAUAGUGCACCCACCAUGAAUAUGAUUGCCCUCGAUGAAGUUGAUAGACCCAUAUUGGAGAAUGUUGGUUCAUGGUCUCUUCAUGAAUUAUUUGCCGUUUUGAUAGAGUAUGAUCUUAUUCAGCCAAUUGCAUCGAUAAGCUCGAAUGUUCCGCUAGUGACGAUUGAUGAUGCUUUGGUGUGUUUUUACCAUUCCAAUAUGAAGGGGCAUGCUUUGCGAGAUUGCAGAGAUUUUCAGGGAAAGAUCAAAGAGCUGCAAGGAAUGGGAGUUUUGAGGUUUACAUCUACCCAAGAGGUAGAGAAAUUCAUAACACCAGUGACCGAAGAAUACUUCACUAAGGAUAAGCCUUACAUUUUGCAAGAUACUACAAAAGCACAAGUCAUUAGUCAACCUUAUGUCUUGAAGACCUCUCUUAGUGAGUCACUCAUGGGAAAGACAUCAUCUGUGGUUAUGCCUCAACGCUCUACCAUCUUGAAUUCCAUAGCCAAUGAUGUGUCUAAUAUGACCUGUAGUGGUCGGUGCUAUGUGAGUCUUGAAGUGGAAAAAUCGAGAAAGGUUGCCUUGAAAUCAAAAGAUAUUAGAAUUGAAGAGAUGCCAGAAGAAUCACCCAAGAAGCUAGUGUCAGAAAAUGAAGUUGCAGAAUUUUUGAAUAUUUUGAGGAAGAAAUUGAUGUUGACAUCUAAGGUUCAUCUUGAUGCAUUGCUCAAAGUCUUGAAAGAGGCCUAUGUGCCUAAGAACAUUGAUACUCAGAAGUUUGGGACAGUGUUGAAAGUGGAUGAGUCUCACAUUAAUCAGUGCAAUACAGUGGUUUGUGCUUUUGAUGGAACAAAGAGGAAUGUUGUUGGAAAGAUUGAGCUUCUAGUGGAAAUUGGCCCUGUGACUUUUGAUGUGGACAUUUCUCCUGCUUUUAAUAUGCUUCGUGGGAGGCCUUGGAUACAUGUUGCCGGAGCACUGCCAACCACCUUGCAUCAGAAAGCCAAAUAUAUUGUCAAUGGUGUUGUUGUCACGGUGAAUGGUGAGGAGGAACACGUCAUUCGAAAGGCUACAACCAUUCUUUACUUGGGAAUUGAUCUUGGAACUUAUGAAUCCUCUUAUCACUCAAUGGAGUGUGCUUUCAAAUUGGGAGAGGGUUUGGGAUUGAAUGGACAAGGAAUUCUUGAGCCUAUUAAGGUAACUCAAACGUGGGGCACUUUUGGCUUGGGAUACAAGUGGAAGAAGGAAGAUUGGCAGAGAAUGCGUGCUAUUAAAGCAGAGAAGCGCCUUGCUAAACUUCAAGGGAGAGAUCCAAGUGAUGAACCAAUGUGGGUGCCACCCAUUAGAGUCACAUUUCCACCACUUGUUGAGAUUUUGUGCCUUUCUCUUAAUGGAUAUAUGGUGAAGCACAUGGAUGUUUUAUAUGUAGAUUCUAAGGGUACUAUUUUCACUGAUAGAUUGCUUGAAAUUGAGGAAUGUUCAAAACAAACAAAGUUUAAGGUAGUAGUUGUGGAAGAUAUCACAGAUGAAGCAUUUAUGGAGAAGCACCCCAACUUCCAUCUUGUUCAUCAUGCGAAAGCUCUAAUGGGAACACAUGAGUUUGUGCUACUUGAAACAGUGAAAGAAGAAUCGCUAUGUGACUUGUGGGGAAAUUUGACUAUAAAUGCUCUAGAUGAGAAAGAACUUGAAUUUGAUAGGGGAAUUUCUCUAGUUAAUGGAAGCUCUCAGGCUAAUUGGAUAGCGGAGCUUCUCCUUGUAGCUUUCAUCUCUGAGCCUGCUAAUAAUGAAUCUUUAAACAAUGAUGCCAUAUCAGACUUUAUAUAUGAAAUUGAUGAUCAGACCUAUAGUGAAGAAGACAAUGAAAAUUUUGAUCCUUUUCCUGAACUAACUCAAAUGCUAAGAGAAGAAAAACCAAAGCUGCAGCCAAAUCAAGAGACUGAGACUAUUAAUCUGGGUACUAAAGAUGAUAGAAAGGAGAUAAAAAUCAAUGCCCACCUAUCCACAGAAGAGAGAAAAGAGUUGAUAGAACUCUUAUCUGAAUUUCAAGAUGUUUUUGCUUGGUCCUAUAAGGACAUGCCGGGACUUGAUCCUGAUAUUGCUGUUCAUGUCAUUCCACUCUAUUCUGAGGCCAAGCCGGUCAAGCAAAAGUUAAGAAGGAUGAAGCCAGAGGUUUUGUUGAAGGUCAAAGAAGAAGUGAAAAAGCUGCUAGAUGUCAAUUUCAUUGAAACAGUUAUGUAUCCGGGAUGGGUGGCCAAUAUUGUUCCUAUAAUGAAAAAGGAUGGUCGAGUUAGAGUCUAUGUGGAAUACAGAGACUUGAAUAAAGCAAGCCCCAAGGAUGAUUUUCCAUUACCUCACAUCCAAAUUUUGUUAGAUAAUGCCGCAAAAAAUGCUUGGUUUUCUUUUGUUGAUGGCUACUCUAGGUACAAUCAGAUAAAAAUGGAGGAAGAUAAGCUCAAAACAACAUUCAUCACUCAAUGGGGUACCUUUUGCUACAAACUUAUGCCUUUUGGACUCAAAAAUGCCAGGCCAACAUACCAACGCUUUGUGCUUACUUUAUUACAUGACUUUGUGCAUACCAUUGUUGAGCUAUAUGUUGAUGACAUGGUGAUUAUGUCCACAGAAGAGGUGCUACAUACAGAAAAUCUCAAGAAGGUGUUUGAACACCUUAGAAAAUACCAACUAAGACUCAAUCCUGCCAAAUGUACUUUUGAUGUAGAUUUCGGAAAGCUACUUGGCUUCAUUGUGAGCCGCCAAGGAAUAGAGAUUGAUCCAGCCAAAAUAAAAGUCAUUGAUGAAAUGCCACCACCAAAAACCCAAAAAGAAGUCCGAGGUUUCUUGGGAAGAAUUAAUUACAUUGCCCGUUUCCUUGCCAACCUCACCACCAUUUGCAAGAAAGAAAGAGCCAUCUAUUAUGUGAGUAAGAAGUUCAAUGAUUGUGAGAGUAAAUACUCACCCUUAGAAAAAACUUGCUGUGCCUUAACCUGGACAUCCAAGAAACUUCGCCACUACAUGUUAACCAACACCACUUACCUACUUUCAAGAAUGGAUCUCAUAAAAUUCAUUUUUGAAAAACCUACCCCUUCUAGAAGAAUCUCUCGAUGGCAUAUAUUGCUUUUCGAAUUUGAUAUUGUUUACACAACACAAAAAGCCAUCAAAGGGCAAGCCAUUGCAGAUCAUUUAGCUGAACACGCAGCAGAGGAUUAUGAGCCUAUUGAUUGGGAUUUCCCUGAUGAGGACAUUUUGGCAGUGGAGGCAGAAUCUGAUUCAGAUAAUUGGAAGCUCUUCUUUGAUGGAGCUGUUAACUAGCUUGGUUGUGGCCUUGGAGCCGUGUUGGUAUCCCCAAAGGGUGAUAAUUUUCCUAUUGCUAUAAAGCUUAAUUUUGCUU